CUCGAAAUCGAAUUAAAAUGGCGCAUGGCUUCAGAGAUGCUUUGACAAUUUUGCUCCUUGAGGCACCUUGAUCCUUGCGCUUGCAAUUGGCAGAUCGGCACGAUCAGCAGCAUCGAAGCCGGUGGUUUUCUUGCCUGCCCCUACAUGACCAAAUUCUCUGCUUGGGGGCGAGCAGUCCGGCUGGAGUGAGCUAUGACAUGGGUCAUAGAACCUGGGGUUAAGACUGCGCUGGGAGUGAUAGGAAACAUCACCGCUCUUGGCCUGUUCUUAGCCCCAGUCAAGACCUUUGUGCGCAUCCUGCGCGUGCGCGGGGUGGAGGACUUCUCGUGCCUCCCGUACCUGGUCACUUUCCUCAACUGUUCGCUGUGGACUUUCUAUGGCCUCCCCGUCGUGACCCGCAGUGCCAUCCUGGUGGCCACCAUCAACGCCGUUGGCACCGCUCUUGCCCUCUCCUACUGCCUCAUCUACAUCACGCAUGCCCCGCCCCCGCAGCAGCGGCGCACUGGGGCGCUGCUGGCGGCGGAGGGCCUGGGGCUGGCAGCGGUGGUGCUGAUUGUGCUGCUGGCGUUCCCAUUCCACAUGCGCACCACAGUGGUGGGCAUCGUGGCGGUGGUGGUCACCAUCGGCAUGUACUGCGCACCCCUGGGCAAGUUGCGGCAGGUGGUGCGUGAUCGCAGUGUGGAGUACAUGCCGUUCCUGCUCUCUCUCAACGUCCUCCUCAACGCCACUGCCUGGACUGUCUACGCAGUGUAUGCUCACGACAUUUACGUCCUGAUCCCGAAUGCGCUGGGGGUGUUGCUGGGCACAGCCCAAUUAGUGCUGUAUGCGUGGUACUGCAAAGAACGGCCCGCGCCAGUGGCUGACACUGAGAGCGGAAGGGGCGGGAGUAGCACGCGGGGUGGGGCUGCGCUGCACAAGAACCUGAGCGCCCGGCAGCUGCUGGGCAGGACACUGUCAACAGGAGAGAAAGGAGGGGGGGAAGAGAUCGAAAUAGGAAACGGAUUGGACAGUAAGUAGAAGGUACAAAAGCACGCGGUCAAGACAACAUUUGUCAUCACAAAAGGUACUAUAUACAGGUUAUACUUGUGUCGUUGGAAAUCAACGGCCACCAGCCGAGUGGGCCACGUCCAUAAGGGCAACCCAGCGAGCCUCAAGUGUUUGACAGAGAUCGAGCUACGGAACACGGACGACUGGAGCCUUGCUCUUGUCUGGUGGCCUUUGUGGCAGACAGGCAGAGAUCGGAGCCAGAUCUUGAGGUUUUCAAGCUUCGUAUGGCAUUGGUUUUGACUUGCUGAUUCUGAAUGUCAGGGUUAUUCCUGUCAUAAUGGUUGUUAGACUGCUGAGGCCGGUGAGCAAAACUUUGAGCUUGGGGUGCGACACUGCUGAGCGAUUGGAAAGCUGCGGCCAUCUUCUGAAAUAAGUGAGGCUUAUUAUUGCUGAACGUUACAAGUAUGCAUACCCAGGCAUGUUAACGAGCUUCCUAAGAUAUUUGCGGACG